GCAGGCGGAAGCUUUUGUUUGGAAGCUAAGGGGACUGUGGACAAGAAUAUCGAAUGAGUCUCGAGUGCUGCGGAAGGAAAGAGGCCUCAGGGAAAUGGGGAAUGGUUUCUCAGAGUUCAAAGGCGGGACCGGGCCUCCUUAGGCUGGAGUCGAGGGCGAGCGGCUCUUUGCCGGCCUUCACAGAGCUUCAAGCCAAAGUUAUUGACACUCAACAGAAGGUGAAGCUUGCAGAUGUACAGAUUGAACAGCUGAACAGAACGAAAAAGCAUGCACAUCUUACAGAUACAGAGAUUAUGACUUUGGUAGAUGAGACUAACAUGUAUGAAGGUGUAGGAAGAAUGUUUAUUCUUCAAUCCAAGGAGGCAAUUCAUAAUCAGCUGUUAGAGAAACAGAAGAUAGCAGAAGAAAAAAUUAAAGAAUUGGAACAGAAAAAAUCCUAUCUGGAGCGGAGUGUGAAGGAAGCUGAGGACAAUAUCCGGGAGAUGCUGAUGGCGCGAAGGGCACAGUUGACAGUCUGUUGUGUCUGGAUGGUGGAAAUACAACCUAGCAGUGUGAGCCUGCCCUUCUCUUCCCAACUCCAUGUUCAAGAUACCACGUUGGUAGCUUCAAAUCAGCCAUGGGGGUACCUACCGUUUACUCCACAGAAAUCAGGUCUAAAUCUCAUUUGGCCCCCACUCAGCAACACAGGAAAAGCUGUUCAGGGUCUGGGAGUCAAGACCCACCACCAGGGGAGCCUAGUCAACCUAGUCAAAAAGAAGACAGCCUGAUAAGGCACAUGACCUAUGUGGAACUAUGUGGUGGAUGUUCCCAUUUCACAGGUAAGGAACUCGAGGUUCAGAGAGGUCAAGUCUCUUGUUCAAGCACAGAAACAGCCAGAGCAGCAAUGUGAGCCCAGGCCCCAGCUAAGAUAGCAAAGGGACCAGGAGGAGCACAGGAGUGAAUGGGCUCCAGGACAGUCUUCUCUCACCAGCCAGCGCACACCCAACUCGGGUCACCAGAGCAGGAAAGCCCCAGGCAGGGCGACCUGCCAUUUCUGCCCUGAUGACCGACCCAGGUUCCCAGCCUCCCCUGAUCCUGCAUGGGUAGCGCUGGACAGGGGUUGGCUGUGGCUUCCCUUGCCUAAUCUCUGGUUGCAUUCUCCUUGACAGGCUGAGGACAGAAAGGCUCCCUCCCCUGCAAACGCAGCCUAUUGGACCCAGGCCAGAGACCUAGCCCAGCACUGGGCUCCUGUGUGCUGGGCCCUGCAGUCUCUCUCAAGCUGCCUUUACGAGGUGCUUACUAAGUGCCCCAACCCGUGCUUAAGGCCUUCACAGCCCCACAGGACACCUGUCUGCUCCAGGCUUCCCCACUCCCAGCCCUUCCUCCUGUCACCUUCCUCCUCUAGUCCACGUCUGUCCUAGCCAGGGCUUAUUUCACAUGACGUCCUCCACAGCCUGGUGCAGUGGAGAGACUCAGCUGAUUACCCCCAGACAGUGGUUACAGAGGUUAGAAAUAGUCAGUCUGGCUUAAAAAAAAAAAAAGAACUUCAAGCCUGAGGGCUGCGUCAGCCUUGAUGGGGGUAGUUAGUGCUGUACCUACCUUAGAAACCCGGUCAGUUAUUUCCUGGAGCACUGAGUCUUCCAAAGCCCUUAUUAUGUCUUUUUCCUUCGCAUUAGCUGAGGACAGAACCUAUCCCCCCAGACUAGAGAAGACGGGGGGCGGGGGUGUGGAGGAGUCUGUUUGGUAAAGUAGGUCUGGAGGUAGGAGUGAAGUGAUUUCCUUGCUUUCUUUCCAUCACCAAAACAGGGAUGACGGGCACAGGAGAAAGCUCUGAGGAAGGCCUCACAGCACCCACUGUGGGGCCCGGAAACUGCGUAUUUUAUAACCGAAUCUUCCUAGGUGCCCUGCCUACCUGCGCAGUCUGAGGUACUGCGCCUUCAGAGGGGCCUGCUGCACUGAGCAGUGGGGUCUGGUCUGCCCAGGGCCCCACCUCACCUCGAGGCUUCUGCUCCUCACAUCCUCUACUCUGCCACCCCUCCCCAUCCCUGCCCUGCAGUGGUGAACCCCCCUUCCCCCCCCGAGAGCUCCCACACUGCCCUAGCUCAGCAGUCAGGAUGCAGCCGUGCUGCCCAAGUCCUGGGCCAGGACAGCCUCCCUGGGUACCUUAAGUCAGGGCACUGUAUAUACACCACAGCUUCGCUGGCCGUACUGGUUCCCCAGAAGGAGCUGGGGCGUAGAGGAUUCUAACACAGGUGUUUCCACACCCAGGCCACAUGAGCCUUACUGGCAACUGGCCUGUACUGGCAAGCUGAGCAUGGGGGGGUGGGGGGUGGCAGGACCAUGUUAUGUAAGAUGUUAAACUUUAAGGGAGGCUGGAUCAAGGGUAUACAGCAACUGUACUAUUUCUGACUCAUCUGUAAAUCUACAAUUAUUCCAGAAUUAAAAAAAAUUUUUUUUUCUUUUAAAGGAAGGAACAAUGGAGAGGGAUCAAAAGUGCAGUGGGAGCAGUAAGUGCCCAGUGAGGGGCACCGGGUCUGGUGUGUGCAGGGGCUGCUCACACAGCGCUCCUACUGAGGGGUCCAAUGCCCCCUUGUGGCCAGCCUGGGCACCAGCUCCUGCUAACGCAGGCAGGCCUUUACAGAUGGGCCCACGCACAUAGCAGCCAAAAGGCUUACCGUACCAUUUGCUGUGUAGUAUUUCAGGAGUCAAGGCCACCUUAUUCAGCCUGUGCCCUGGUCCCAGGAAAGGGACUGAACAGACUCUCAAUUUCCAGAAAACUGUGGUUGAGUUGGAGAGCAGGUCUCGAGGUUCCUUCACCAGCUUGUCUGCCUUGCCCCAACACGGCUCUUUGGUACCAACCUUCAGUGUCCUCAGCCCCAUUCCAGGGGUGGGGCCAAUACUCAGAGUUGCCACGUGAAUGCGGUGCAAAAGACAGUGUGAGUAGUGGUGGUGUAGGGGUUGGGGGAUGUAGAGGGAAGGGUGUGUGAGCAUGUGUGUGACUUGGAGGCCCAGCCUCGGUCAGAAAGGCCCAGGGGCACUGAGCAGACUGUGGCAGAGGAUCCUCAUCCACUGUCUUGCCUCAGCUGGAAGCAGAGAAGACAAAUGCAAGAUGCUUGGAGGCACGCAGCCCCCUGGGCCCAGCUGCCUGCUCACCAAGCCCUGGGGUCUUCUCCAGGGCCACCAGCCACACCAACCAGCAGUCCCAAAUUCUAGGACUACCAUAGUGUACACCCAGGGAACAGGUAUUCACAUGGGCUACUCAGAACCCUGGUUCUGGGCAUGCAGUGGGCAAGCAGGCUCCAGGCCACACAGGGACCCGGGCAGGAAUGUGAGUGGAGACUCUUAGCCAAAGGCUCCAGUUCUCAGUCAGCCCCAUCCUGGAAUCUGAAACCUCGACUUGCUCAGCUCAGACAUUUUAAAUGAUUAAUCAAGGGCUUUGAAGUGGUAAUUGAGCCUUAGCAGGCUCUGAGUUCUUGUGCCUGCAUCUAUCUGCAGUCCCAGCCCAGGAAGCUAGUAAGGAGAAGCAAAUACAACAGACUGGGGCCUUCCAGACAGUUCUGACGUCUCAGGCCUUCUUGCUCCAGAAACGAAGGAAGGUGCACCUUGGCCUCUUGUGCAGGCUCAGACCAGUGGUGGGCACCCCAUGCUGCUGCUUUACUGCUGAAACCACCACAGCCCAGCGCCGCCCCGGGAGUGCCCCCAGUGGAGGUGACAGCGCUGCCAGAGGCAGGAGGCCUGUGGUCAGUGCUCAGCUGUCUUCACCCCGUCUUCUAAACCAGCAUCCAAAACAACAUAAGGCCAGCCUUCCAUGAGGUAUCAGAGGAUGCCGAACAGCCCUCCUCCUGCUCAGACCAAGAGGUAGGAAGAGGGAAAAAUCUUAAUGCAUCUGAGGAAUAAGUACAAUCUCAAGACGGCCCCAGGACAGCUCCUGCGCCUUCCGAGCAGCCAGAGAGGACACACUGCUGGCUGAGGAUGCACUCGAGCUUUCCUUGGGUGUGCACGUGCGGUGGGACCAUUUUUUACUCAGCACAAGGGGGCUGCACCUGGGACGGAAGCUGUCCUAAAGGCAGUACCCCUCUGCCACCUGCUCUGAAGGCCACGAGCACCAGGUAAAUACGCUGGGGGAGGGCUGCCGUAGGGGAUGAAGGGCGGCCAGGAGCAUAGAGGCAGUCAAGGGAGUGUGGUUUUCACUGGAGCCUGGAGGUUAAGAGCAGGAGAGGUGAGGCGCAGCUUCCUCUCUCCACGGCAGGAGGGGUGCGGGCUGGUGCACCAGCACAGCCUUGGUCCUCUCGCGCUGUGACAACGCCGGCCCUCCCGGGCCUCACGCCUGCCCUGCUCCUCCUGCCACUUCAGCCAUGUCUGCCACGACUCUGUCCCUCUCCUUGCUUCAGUGUCCCAAGACACCUACUCUAAGGCACGGCAGGCUGGGAGCUGGCCCACCAGUUCAUCUGUCCACUCACGUGCCUACUGCCUGCCGCCCCACUGAGCAGCCAGCCAGUCCAGCAUCACUGUCAGACACUGAGUGCCAAGUUUUGCUGCGGAUUGGUCUGGAAAGGGUGGGAGUCUGCUGACUGUGGGUCCCUGUCCCGAGAUCUCCAGAAGUGCAGCCACCACCAUCCUCUGAGGAGGAGCUGCUGGACAAAACCCAGCAGCCAUCACGGCCAAGCCUUCUGGGGGUCUGGGCGACCCUAGCCUGCCUCAGCCAGAGCACCCAGAGGGCUCAGUCGCAGGCCAGCUUGUACUUUCGUCCUGUCCAACACAGUCAGUCCUAUGAAUAGCAGACCUGAUGGUAAAAUUUUUUCAUGAACUACAAAAAGGUUAAGUACAUGUGGACAUCUCACACCAGUCUGGUAAGUAAGACUGGACUGCCACCACCUCCUGAGAUCCUAUCCUUGGGUUAGACCUGCUGGGGCCACUGGGACAGAGGUGGUUGUGGAUACAGGGGCAGUUGAGCACAUCCUGGAUGCCAGAAUUGCAAAUGAAACUGCUUUGGAGAUCAUGUGGCAGUCAUUUUUUGGUAAGAAAAGGAUCCUGAGCUCAGAAGGCAGGUGGUAGUCAAGGCUGCAUGGUGAGUUGAUGGUAGGCCCUGGCCUGUCACCCAGCACUCCUGGCCCAGUGCUGUCUGCACAUCAAGGUUACGCUCACUUAAGAUGAGACGGCAGGCUGCCUGCAGGUGACCUGAAACCCAGAUUGUGGAGAGGCGAAAGGCCUCUCCUCCACUGCCCCAUUCUCCCUUGAAAUCCAGGGUCUGUGUGCGAGCAAGAUCUAGCCCUCACCCUCCCCACAGUGUGUCCCCAAAGAGAGCAGAAUGGCCCUGGCGCAGCAGCAGCCAGCCGGGAGACGAGUGAGCUCCAGGGUCCCUCCUGGCAGCCGUUCGGCCCAGAACAAGGCACUUCUUGGGGGCGUGUGGGGGAGGUGUACUUGGACUGUCCCCCUGAAGAAAUCGACUUCAGACUUCCCCUGAGCCCCCACCACUUGUUACUUUAUUCUCUGAGGGCAACAGCCGUGUACAUGGGCUCUCUGCAGGGCACUGCACAAGUGACAGCUUGCCCAUGCCCCAGCCUCUGGCUGGCGAAGUGGGGAAGGGGCAUAGUGCCUACGUUUCGUGACAAAAACAUAAAAUGUUUGGCCUGGGGCCUGGCACAGAGUGAAGCAGGAAGGACUCAAUAAAUGGGAACCACAGUGUGACAGUAUCCUACAGAAAGAUCACUGAAGUCUGUUUCCUUAAGAUCACUGUAGUCUGUUUCCUUAUUCUCAGUCUGUGUGCAGGGAGGGGCUCCUCCCACCAGUCCAUAUUCAGGUUGGGGUUCGUACUUGUAGCACUAAAUCACGGGAUGACAAAAGCAGAGGAACCAGCUGUCCACGUGAAGCACAGUUGCUCAGAAAAGGGAAGGAAGAGACAACCCAGGGAGAAGCAAGGGGCUGUGUGUGUGUAUCGCAGGGGCUAGGAAGGCUGAAUACAAACAGCUUUAGCUGUUGAGGCCCCUCAAGAGAAUAGAGAAAUAUUCAGCAACAUCCCAUUUCUCGAGAUAAAGGGAGUAAGGAGACCCUCAUACGUAUACGGGUGAGCGUCUGCCUGGAUGUGAUGCGUCUGUGGCUGUCCCUGAGACAAUGCACACACUAAGGGCCGCAGGAGAACAUAAUACAAGAGAGAACAGUCAACAAAGCAUGUACACAUUCAAAAAGACUUCUGUCCACAGUCGUAAAAUACUCAAGUGAAAGGACAUCCUCCCAGAUGGAGAUGCUGCAGAAGGCAAGGAGGUUGCUAAGGAGCCUGAAAAGGGCAUGUGACCGAGAACGCACGAGUGCUGUCCCUCUUCCUCCGAUGGGACUCGACGCAGGGCUGGAAGCUGCCAGUCUGGGUGCACGCGGUGGAGAUCCAGCCGUGCUCACUAGUCAGUAGGGCCAGGCUGUUUGUUCUACGAGUGUGGAGACAGGAACUCAUUGCACUUACACAACACACAAAAAAGGCUUCCUUUCUUCCCUGUAGCGACAGAAGAGGUUAAGACCAGGGCCUACAGAACUGAGUUGAGAGGCCCUGGCUCUGUUCUGUAGCUGGGUGACUUUGGGUUAAGUCACUUGACAUCUUGGAGCCCCUGCAUCCUCCUCUAUGGGAAGGAAAGAUGGCAGGGGAAGCUGCUGCCUUAAGAGGACAUGUGAAAAUGUAAUGUGGACAAAGGUGAAUAUCAUUAAGAUGGGUCAAAAAAAGAAGUAUCAAUUUACAGCCAGGUUUCACCAUGGGGUGAGAUCAUAUCAUUGGUGCUCAGUCAUGUCUGACUCUUUGUGACUCCGGGGACUGCGGCCCCCCAGGCUCCUCUGUCCAUGGGAUUUCACAGACAAGAACACUGGAGUGGGUUGCUAUUUCCUUCUCCAGGAGAGCUUCAUGACCCAGGGAUCGAACCCACGUCUCCUGCAUUGGCAGGUGGAUUCCUUACCACUGAGCUUUCACACAUUAUCUUUCACAAUUUGAAAAGCUAACUGUUUAUGUCCACAGAGCUGAAGACCUGAGGUGCCAGGAGUUCCAGUGCAGCCUCUGCAACCACGUGUGCUGCCUGGCAGUGUGCACCAAGCUUCGUCUUGACAACUUGGCCACAGUGAGCACCUCGGGCCCACAUCUACAGAAAUGCCCCAGGCUGACGCAAGGGCUGAACAGCUUAGGGGACGGGUGCUCUAUCCAAGCUUAUAGAAUGAAAAACCUAGA